AAGGCAAACUUCCCGAUGAAGGCAGCCUAUCUAUGGUCAGUCCAUGAUUUUCCAGCCUUUGGAAUGGUUGCUGGGUGGAGCACCCAUGGAAAAUUUUGUUGUUAUGAUUGUAUGAGUGAUACCAAAGCAUUCUGGUUAGAAAAUGGUGGAAAGGCUUGCUGGUUUGAUUGUCAUAGGAGGUUUCUUCCGGUAGGCCAUGAGUUUAGAACCCAGGCUGAUGCAUUUCGGAAAGACACAAUAAUAUUAGAUGAACCACCUAGGCAUUUGAAAGGUAAAGAAGUAGAAGCCCAAAUGAGAGCCCAAGUAGGAAACACCAAAACAUAUGGAAAAGAACACAACUGGACACAUGUUAGUUGUUUCUGGGAUCUGCCUUACUCCAACAAAUUGGUUUUUCGGCAUUGUAUUGAUGUAAUGCACAAUGAGAAGAAUGUAGCUGAGGCUAUUUGGAACACAUGCUUUGACAUAACUGAUAAAACAAAAGAUAAUGUCAAAGCGAGGAAAGAUCAAGCUAAGAUUUGCAAACGUCCUAAGAUGAAUCUAGUCGAAAAGCCAAAUGGCAAGUGGGAUAAGCCAAGGGCACUUUUCAGCAUUGAGGGGAAGCAUAAGGUCAUCAUUUUGAAUUGGUUCAAAAAGCUAUUAUUUCCUGAUGGGUAUGCUUCCAACUUCAGAAGAGGGGUUAAUCUGAAGGAUAAGAAAUUGUUUGGACUGAAAAGUCAUGAUUACCACAUAUUCAUUGAGUGUUUACUCCCAGCUGCUUUCCGUGGUUUUCUUCCUGAAGGCAUUUGGAUUUGUCUUUUCGAGCUUAGCUUUUUCUAUAGGCAGUUGUGUGCUAAACAACUCAGCAAAGACAUAGUAGCAAGUCUGGAAAAGAACAUCGUGGUGAUUAUUUGCAAAUUAGAGAAGAUAUUCCCUCCUGGGUUUUUCAAUCCCAUGCAACACCUAAUGAUUCAUCUACCUCGCCAAGCCAGGCUAGCAGGCCCUGUCCAGAAUACAUGGAUGUAUCGAUUUGAGAGGUAUAUCUUAUAUGAAAGUAAAAAAAGUUGUUUACUUGGCAAAUGCAUUUCUUCAUAGCUUGUUUUUCUUUGAUUCAGGGGUAUUGGAAAACUAAGGAAGAAAGUACGUAAUAAGUCACGAGUCGAGGGAUCAAUAGCUGAGGCUUUCCUUAUUGAUGAGGCCACAAAUCUUUUCUCCCUUUAUUUUAAAUCUGAUGUGCACUCAGUUAGAAACCGACCACCUAGAUAUGAUGAUGGCAGAUUAUCAUUUCAUUCCACUUGUGAUCUUGAGAUGUUUCAACAUCCUGGACGAUGCUUGAGCUAUAUGGGUCAUUAUGAUUUCACAACACAAGAAUACAAGGUGGCAUUCUUGUAUAUUCUGACUAACAUGCCAGAGAUGGAUGAUUUCUUCACUGAAUUUGAUACAAAACAUUGUAGGGGAGAAAGCAUACAAACUGAUGAACAACAGUGUGAACUAAGAUUAAAUGGUUCGAUACUUGGCAACAAGUGCCCUAACUUUUUCAGCUGGUUCAAAUCUCAUGUAAUGUGCCCCAUACUUAUUCCACUCACUAUUUUUUCAACUACAUAGAAGCAAAAACUAAUAUAAGUAAACAUUUUGGUGCAGUGUCAAACAACUUCAGGUGUUCAUAAUGCAUUGCGUCAAAUGUCAUAUGGGUUUCCGACAAGAGUGAAAACCUAUGGAAUUUAUGAUGUGAAUGGGUAUAGGUUUCGCUCAGAGAUCUAUGAGAAGACUGGAACAUAUUUGGGUUCAUGUAACAUAGGAGUUUGUGUCACGAGCUUUGAUGA